CACAAUACUUUUUAUGUUAUCUGUUGUCUAGACGAAAGGCCCAUUGCUAGGGGAAAUACAACAGAAGGCCGAGGAAUCUGAGCUGAUGAAGAUGGAAUUCCAGAUGUUGGAGACAGAGAGAGUAAGGCUGUCACUGGUGGAAGAAAAGCUCUUGGAUGUUUUACAGUUGCUUCAGCAACUCCGGGAUCUGAACAUUUCUAAGCGCACCUUGGGGAAAAUCUUACUGAACACUUUGGAAUCCUGCUGUGACUCCCAACAUGGAAAACCACCUAUUGUUGAAGUCUUGGAUGCUCUCUACCAUGAACUGGCUGCCUGCAAACUCACCGGAAGCAGGUCUCUUGAGAAAACACCAGGACAUCAGUCUUUGUCAAGCUCUUUGGUUAUCUCCUGUUGA